GUGCCAGCAUGGAGGGGGACACACUGGAUCUCUUAGCAGCGGCGUGGGAUUGUAUCCAAUCCUAAAAUCUGGUCCGACAACAAACUGCCUUCUCAGCUCAACUGGUCAAGGAAUGGAGUGCAACUGGUCUGAGAUGGAUUCACUUCCGAAAUCCAGAGAUGAGGAUUAGAUUUAAGCCAAAUCGCACAGCAUCAACUAACUUCUACUUUAGUAAAAUGAGUGUAGUUUUUCUGACAUGGGGACAAUUUUACUGUGAAAGCUUUGAAGAGGACUAAUUAAAAUCGUAGAAGGCUGUCAGCUAACUAGAGUUUCCCCUGUGACUGCUGCUGUUUCUAAUGCUGUUUCACAUUCAAAACGCAAGGAUGCCAUUUAAGCUGAAGAAUUCCUAGUCUAGAACUGUGAACUGGACUAAAUGAAAGGUGAGAGAAGGCAAGAAGAGAGUUCUUGAAUUGCUGUUUUGAUCACAGAAAUUUGCCUUAAAUUGGAAAGACAAGGACCAAACAAACCCAGAUUGGUAAAACAUGAGGACUAGCUGGAGACAACUUGGUGCAACAACUGCACAAAAUACCACAUAUGAUGUCUAAUCAAAUCGAAAACUGGAUGCUUUACCUGGGUUUGGACAAGAUCUGCAUGGCUUGACAGCCUGUCUUUGAGACCCAUGAAACAUGAUCUGAUGUGUUGCCCAAAGGAAGAUGAAUGAUGAAGUUCAAGCUAAAUCCAAGAAGGAUCCAGAUAUUACAAGGAAUUACAGAUUUACAAAUUAAAGACUCUGUGUUGAGUGGUCGACUUACUGCUUAGAAGUGUGUUUUCCAUUGAUUUACCCUCGUUUGUCACUUCUGGCCAUGAUGCAUCAAGCAGAGAUUGAGAGGAGGUGCCUGCAUAUCUCAGUUGUGGGGUCUGAAACCUUGUGACCCCUGGUGUAUGCAUGUGCGUACAAAUGUGGAGGUGCUAUGCUGAGGGUGUCGGGUGUCGCACCAGCUCCGUCAGGCCACGAGUGGCGUUUUCAGUGUUCCGUCGGGGUGGACUGUAGCGACGCCGAACCUCGCUGCAUCUGGUUGGCAGUUUUAAGGGGUGUUUCACCUCGCGCCUCGCCUCGGCCAACCCCCAUUGCAUCACCAAGAAAGCGGGGCUCAAGGAGGGUCAUACAGCGCCAUCGCUUGUCCUGGGCUAAAGGGCGGAGAGAUGGCAUGGUGUCGUCCAAUGAGAACAGGCGCCGACCGCUGUCGUCGGGUGAGGUGGAGGGCGUGUUGUGGCAGGGCCCACGGACCAUUUACCUCCAGAAGAACUCACAGGGAUUUGGCUUCACUUUGCGGCACUUCAUCGUUUACCCACCAGAGUCCUCGGUCCACAGCCUCAAGGAUGAAGAGAAUGGAAACGCUACUGGAAAAGCAGGUUGCCAGCGGUCUCGUUUGGAGCCAAUGGACACCAUCUUUGUAAAAAGUGUCAAAGAAAAUGGCCCUGCCCAACAAGCUGGACUGUGUACAGGGGACAGACUGGUGAAGGUGAAUGGGGAAAGCAUUCUGGGGAAAACCUACUCUCAAGUGAUUGCACUCAUUCAAAACAGUGAAAACAUUCUGGAGCUCUCUAUUAUGCCAAAAGAUGAGGAUGUGUUGCAGUUGGUAAGUGCGUACUCCCAGGAUGCCUACCUGAAAGGCAAUGAGCCAUAUUCAGGCGAGGCCGAGAACCUACCUGAGCCACCGCCUCUCUGUUACCCUUCCACCAAGCCCAUCUCCGCUGCCCCACAGCCCAGCCACAACCUUCACAGUCCGCUGGACAACUGGCAGUGCCGACCCGGCCCCACUGCCUCUCCACUGGACAACCGCCCCCCUGCUGCCUCUACCCCCACCUCCGGCUGGCCUGGGGGUCCUGAGGAUUCUAGUGGCCACUUUCCCCCGUUGGGACGACACCGUGGCCGCUCGUCUUCGGCCGUCAAUGCGCUGGACUUUCACUUCGCUAACCACAACGCUGCCAUCGCCUCUGCAACCCUGCCUCCGCCACGGAAGAGCAGCCUGCCAGCCUCUGCCCGCUCUCAUGCCGAUGCUCUCUGCCACCAGGCUCUGUCGGACUGGUACUACAGCCAGGCUGAGGCCGCCGAGCACAUGUCCCCUCGCCACCGUAGUAUAUCUCAGGAUCGUUUAGCAGAGCUGGGGUUGGGGUUGGCACUCGGCCCCGGACCCACAUCUGCUUCCACAAACUCUGUGGAGCAUCGCAGAAGAGAAACCCUCCUGUACCACCACCAGGCAGCUGCUGCCUCCCAUGAUUCCUAUUGGCUAGGGAGCUGGGGUGGUGUAUCGGGACCAGGAAGCAGGUCGUGCUCAGAAAGCCUGCUAGCAGCCUACGCCGAGUACGAGCACAACUACGGGCGUUCAGUGGAAACACUGGCACAAGCUUCUGCACUGGUUUCACCACGCUACGAACACUCCUCACAAGGCUCCCAAACCACAAAGUUCAGCGAGCAGAAAGUCACAGCAGGACAUCAGCACCAAACCACAGUGACAUCCCCCAUCACAGCCUCUGCCACAGUGCCUCCUAGUGGCAGGCAGCCAGGUCAGCAGGUAGCUGAACCCCAAACGAGGCGAGUGAAAGAAGAAGAGCUGGUGGGCUACAAAAGCUACAGCCCCUCUUUCUGCCGCAAAGCAGGCCACCUCCUCCAGCAGGCCCACUCCUUCAGAGAGCCCAGUUACAUCGGCCCUCACCUCAACUGGAGCCCCAGCAACAGAAGCAGCCCUGCUGACAGCGAGGGGGGGAUGGUACCCAGGCCCCAGUCUACCCCCACCCUGUCUGCGUCAGAGGAGGAGAGAGUCCUCCUGGGUGAGGACAGGGAGGUCAUCUCCCCCAUUUCCCUCAAUCAAGAGGUGGUCCUGAGGCAGAAGCCGCCCUCUGGCCGCCGAACCCCUGUUCAGGUCCUUCGACAUCCCCACUACGCCACACCUGUGGACUCACCCGAGCCCCCUGGUUUGACACCUACAUCUGGAACCCCAUCUCCUGUCUCUGGGGGACCUGGCCCCAGCCGCAGGGCUAAUGGUAGCCUGGCCCAGCAUGCAUUCAACUCCCUGUCCUCUAUUCCCUUCAUAGAUGAACCCACCAGUCCUAGUAUUGACGUACAGACCUACUAUGUACCAGCCUGCUCUGUGGUGUCCAGUUCCCAGGCCUCCGCUAUGGCCACCCUCACUUCCACCUCUGUCUCCCCCACCCUCUCCUCCAUCUCCCCCUUUGUCCGACUUCGUUCUCAGGACUGCAGCAGUAUUAAAAGUCGCCGCUCCUCUUACCUGCUGGCCAUCACCACCGAGAGAUCCAAGUCCUGUGACGAGGGUCUCAACACCUUCAGGGAUGAAGGCCGUGUCUUCUCCAAACUACCAAAAAGGGUCAAGAGCUUUUUCACUGAUGGGUCUCUGGAGAGUCUGCGAGCCCAGGAGGAGGCCCGGUCCAAGCGCCACUCCACCUCUGAACUGGGAACCAUCACCUUUAGUGAUGUGCGCAAGGAGGGCUGGCUGCACUACAAACAGAUCCUCACAGAGAAGGGAAAGAAAGUAGGUGGUGGCAUGCGUCCAUGGAAGCGUGUCUUCUCCGUGCUUCGCUCCCAUUCGCUUUUCCUCUACAAGGACAAGCGAGAAGCCGUCCUUCACGGGGCGGGGGCAGGGCCCAGCCAGGAUGAACAUCCUCCAAUCAGCAUCCGCGGCUGCCUGAUCGACAUCGCAUACAGUGAAACCAAGCGUAAGCAUACCCUGAGGCUGACCACGCAGGACUUCUGCGAGUACCUGCUGCAGGCCGAGGACAGGGACGACAUGCUGGCCUGGAUCAGGGUCAUCAGGGAGAACAGCAAGACCGACAAUGAGGAGAUUGGUUUCUCAAGACAAGCUCUCAUCAACAAGAAGCUGAAUGACUACAGAAAACACAGUCUGACAGGUAAUAAGCCGGACUCCUCUCCCAGAGCCCAUCGUAUGAUGCCUCCCUUCCUCCUGGCUAAGACUGACAACGCCUUAGUGAACCGAGCCCCCAGAGCUGAUGACAACAAGGCGCUGUGGGGCAUCAACAUCAUGAAGAAGGCCAAGAAGACAGGCAGCCCGAAGGCUUUUGGUGUGCGACUGGAGGACUGUCAGCCAGCUGUCAACCAUAAAUUUGUCCCUCUGAUUGUGGAGAUGUGCUGCGACGUGGUUGAGGCGACAGGUUUGGAGUACACCGGUAUUUACCGGGUGCCGGGGAAUAACGCCAUGGUAUCCAACCUGCAGGAGCAUCUCAACAAGGGCAUGGACAUCAACACUGCUGAGGAGAGAUGGCAGGACCUGAAUGUAAUCAGCAGCCUGCUCAAAUCCUUCUUCCGAAAACUGCCUGAGCCACUGUUUACUGAUGACAAAUACAAUGACUUCAUUGAUGCCAACCGGAUAGAAGACGCAGAGGACAGGCUGAAGACCAUGAAGAAACUGAUCCAUGACCUCCCAGAUCACUAUUAUCACACCCUUAAGUUCCUGGUGGGCCACCUCAAGAAGGUGGCAGAUCACUCUGAGAAGAAUAAGAUGGAGCCGAGAAACCUGGCUCUGGUUUUUGGUCCUACUCUGGUGAGGACGUCAGAGGACAAUAUGACUGACAUGGUCACCCACAUGCCCGAUCGCUACAAAAUAGUGGAGACGCUUAUCCUGCACCAUGACUGGUUCUUCAGCAAUGGAGAGUUUGAUAAGGAAGAGAAGGCCCCAGAGGAUAAGCGGGACAUGCAGCCUGUGCCCAACAUUGACCAUCUGCUGUCUAACAUUGGCAGGCCAGGCAUGCCAGGAGAGGCAUCAGAUUCCACCACCAGCGAUUCACUUAAGUCAAAGCUUUCUUUGGGCUCCAAGAAAGACCUGAAUGCCAGAGACUUCCUACCCAUGUCCAUCAUCUCUGCUGUGACCCGCAAACGUAAAAAAAGCCCCAGUACCCACCUUCAGGGCAGCAGUGCUGACGAAGACUCCGAGCAUGAGCCAGUCAAGGCCAGCAACUACAGGGGAGAAGGAGUUGAAGGUGAGGAGGAAGAGGAUAGAGAGGAGGAAGAGCCAGUCAAAGGAGAACAUACGAUUCCUAAAAAAGAAAAAAGGGAUGAAAAGGAAAAUGGGGUGAAAGCUCCAGAGACCACAGAACGAAAAGAUUCAUUGGCGGGAGAUGAAGAGGCUGAAAAGGAUGUGGGAAGCGAAACAGGCAAUGACGCAAAAAAGUUAGAAAGGGAGAACAGGCAGCGAACAACCAUGACGGGCAAUGCACCGCAACCUCGUCCGAACAGUUUCCUCUGCUCCCACCAUCAGAUCCAUGCCACGUACCCAAGACCCCCAGCUGUGACUAAUCCUCCUUCCCAUUUGAAGUCUCACAAUCUCACGAAACGCCCCACAGUCCCUUUCUGGAUCUGCCCCACCAGGCUUCCCAACCUCUACCAGGCAUCCAGCUUUCACGGGACCCAGCAGCCAGACCGGAACCAGUCAGCGCCAGUCCGCUACAGGAAGACCAGGGGUGGGAGGACAAGGGCUAUGUCCAUGAAUCUGGACCUUGAGAUGGGCAGGAGUGAGGACAGAGUCAGAGGUUGGAGAGUAGAGAGGGUGGACGUGACCAAAGUCAAUGAGGGAAGUCAGCACAGGAGUGUUGGGGUUCCUCAGGGAUCAACUGUAGGUCAAAGGUCAAUUCAGCAAAUAGAUCCCCUCCCUCGUAUCGCCCAGGAGGCACCCCCUCUGUCCUCCUCCUCCUCAGGCUGGAUAGAUCAGAGCACCCCGGGAUCUUCCAUUGUGGUACUGAGGAGAUCUGCCCUGGACCCGCGGGACAAGACAAGAGCGUGGCGUCGUCACACGGUGGUAGUUUAACCCGACUGUUUCAUCUACUAAUGCAGUACCUUGUACUCGCCCUUUACUCACACACACUGGAUCUGUGUCACUGCUUCUAAAGCCAAGUGUUAUGUUGCUUUAGGGACCUUAAGUUGGAGACGUGAUCUCAUGGUAAAGGAAUUCUUUGACAUUGUGUGCAGUUGUAGAGUUUCAUUCCAAAAUUAGAUAACCAUUAUUUGAAAACUCUGAAACUCGCUGAAAACAAUAUUCAAGUUCCACUAUUCAACUGCUUUUAAGCUGUUCAUCUUUACUCCUUUACUUACAAAAUAACUGUAGAUGUAGUUAUCCAUGUCCUUAUAUAUUGUGCAAAGAGGGUUGCACACAGGGAUUGAGAUAGAAUUUCUUGGUAUUUCUGGGAAAUUCUCCCCAGUAUGUGAUCCUGUUUCCCAGGAAAAAUACCUGUGGGAUCGGCCAUUUAUACUCGCGUAUUCACAUACUACACUUCCACACAUCAGUUGUAGAUAUAGUCCAACCCUGAACUGCCCUGGUAAAGUUCAUUUGUGAGUCUUUGUGAAAUAGGUGGUGCUAGAAGCUUGGCGAGAUGAUUCUUACUCACAAGGGCUAGGUGGUGAACUGAUGGAGCUGGCAAGCAAACUUCUAGCACAGUAACCAGGGACAUGCUAAUGUCAGUCACAAUAGUUCUUACUAAUUGACUGUUAGCUUUGUCACUAACAGGAAAACACAGUUUGUAACCAUCUACAACCCUUUUGUGGAGUAUUUGACUCCUGCACAGUUUGUUAUUGGUCAAUGGUGCAAAUUCAAGUAUUGUAGUUUCAAAGGUUUACUUUACAAAAUCACUGAUCUCAACAAUUCCAUUGAAAUGAAUUGAUUUUGCUACAAGAUGCUGCCAUUUAAAAUGCUGGUUUGACCGGGCCUGUACAGAAAUAUAAUUGGGUGCACUUUUCACCCAGAGAGGUUUCAUCCAAUAACUUUUCAAACUAGAGUUUAGCUGUGUGGUUCUCAAACUGGGGAGCAUAGAGCUACUGUAAGGGCGUGGAUGACCAGGGGAAAAAUAUGGAGAAAAACUAAGUUAAAGCUUAUCCAAUCAUGUUGACCUCUAUUUCACUAAAAUUCAACUUGGAUCCUUUGUUAUUAGUUGCUAAGUCUAUCAUUUGUAAUGACUGAUAAAAAUGGUGGGGUUCUGAAAGAGGGGGGAUGCCAGGAGUGGUUUGACAACCACUGGAUUAAGCGAACAAAGCAGAAUGCAAAACCUGUCAAUUAAAGUUAUGCCGUAAUCCAACAUAUCAAAAAAAGAGAACUACAGUCAGUUGAUGAGCAGUGAAAUGUUGAAAGCAGACAUCAUCCUAACAUUACAGCUGAAGGUCCAAGAAGAAUGGUGCAUCCUGAACAUGCUGUAUCCUCAGGUCUGCUCCCUGAAGAUGGUCAUGGUUAUCACUCGGAUGCAGAACUGGUCAUAGGAAAUGCUGAGAAAACAGACUCAAACUGAGGUAUGGUUGGCUUUGUGUUGUUCCCCCCCAGAGGUGGGGGAAGAAGUUCUUUUAAGAGGAUUUUAAGUAUCCACUGUUCUGUUUUUAAAAUCAAACUUCAUUUAAGGUGAGAAAUCCAGGGAAUGGUAUAUCCAGGAAGUACUCUUUAUAAAAUGACAAGAAAACCUACAACCUUAAUGAAAAGCCACCAUGUGAUUACAGCAGCUAUCAGAUUAUUCUGAUGUUUUACAGUGUUAUUCCUCAUACUACCACUUGGCGGUGCAAAAGUAAGGCAUUUUCAAAUCCUAUACUCAACAUAUAUUUCUGAAAUGAUGUUUUGGAAUGAAACCCUUCAAUUGUAAAUUUAGACUGAUGAAGUAAAAAACGAGAGAAAGCCAUAUUAGACAUUUGAAACUCCAGCGCCCGGUUGCUGCUGUUACAACUUACCCUCACCAGCAAAGACUUCAGUCACUGGAGGAACCAACUGUGCUGUACGCUGGUGUCUUCCCCCACUGGUUUUCACCAAUGAUGUCUUCGACCCGCACGGGCAGAUAUUACAUAUGCACACUUCCCUGUCAGCCGGAGUACAUCACAGUACACUAAUUCAGAAGAAAAGCGCACUUCAUCUUACUUUCUCAGCCCUUUACAAGCUCUUCCAAAGCCUCCUGUGGAUCUACAGGGAGCCUCUACGAUCUGUGGGAGCAAAACAACUCUCUCUCUCUGGAUGAUGUCACUUGGGCAUUACGCCAAAGCUUCCAUGGACUAAAAAAGUGCAUGUAUGGGGUCAGUGACAUAUAAAAAUAUGCAAACCCUGAGUGUUCAACACAAGCCUAUCGUGCUUCCCUUUUUGUGUGUCUGUGUGUGUGUGUCUGUGUGUCUGUAAGUGAGAGAGAGAGUGCUUGGGGAGGAGGGCCAGAGUUUGAGGAUCUGCUUCGUCAGAGGAGCAAUGUGUUUAAGGCAGCUAUGUGAAGUCAUGCCAAAAUGAUUACUUUUUUCUAUCUGGAUAAUUGUACAAUAUCAGCAGCAUGGAGCCAAGAAAGAGGCUCAGUUCAGUUUAUAUCGGUGUUACUAGGAGAGUAGUGUCAUGGGAGCAGUUGAGAGUGAGCGAAUAACCACCUUAAAGCUGCAGUAGGUAACUUUUAUAAAAAUAACUUUUUGACAUAUUUGCUCAAUAUAUCCUGACAGUAGAACAUGAGACAGAUAAUCUGCAAAUACCAUAAGGAGCACUAGGAGGAGCCAGAGGAACCUGAUUGUUUCACAGAUUAUCUGUCUCAUGUUCUACUGUCAGGAUAUAGUGAAAGAUUCAGCUAAUAUGACAGAAAGUUAUCUUACUGCAGCUUUAAAUCCAAAACCACUGAGUCUUACCUGAGUGAUAUUUUUAGCAUUUUUGCUCCCCAUCCCAGAACUUUAGUUUUCUUUAAUCAGAAAAGAACAAACAAAAUGGAGGUGACCCGAACUAUACUGCCAACUACUGUUGUACAACCAGACUCCAUGUUUGUCUUAAUCAAAUCAGUCUGUCCUUCUCUCUAUCUGUCCCCUUGUGCAUGUACUUUAUGUACGUGGGUGACUGUGCGUGGACCAAUUUUGUAACAGUUGUACAAAGCCUUGUUAAGUUAACCUGUGUAUAUAAAUAUUAUACAUAAUAUAUUAAAUUAUUUGUUUUGGAAA